CCAUAAGCCCAACGUACACACACAGCACAAUCCAAGCUUAGAUCAACAGUGCUGCUCGCGACUCACACCCUGUUCAUCUCCCCCGUAACUCAGUUUCAUCUCAUCCCGCUGCUACAGCCUUUUUCCCCAGUGGUCUGAUUUCCUGACAGCCCCAUGCCUCCCGCCAUUACAAUCGCCAUCCCCGAACAACCACGACAGGAAAACCCUUUGGUGUAUGCCGGGCGUCCUGUGCUCGUAAGGUCGGAGUUGGGCUUAUUUCACAUCCUGGAUUUCAAUCCUUGCGAAGGGGAAGACGGGAUGAUCCUCGCUGUUGAAACCCUCUUCGAUGUCGACCCCGACCGCCCCCUACGCAUACGACUGGUCCUCGGGUAUCUAGCAAUCGCCACCAGAAUCCGCUCAAUGGUCCGUGAAGGCGAACGUGGCCCCUACCUAGUGCGCGCUGAGUGCACGAUUCCUCCAUUCUCCCGCCAUAUAUAUGGGCACGAUUUCUUCCCGAUCAAAAUCGAGGCUAUAGCUGCCCAGGACGAGGUGGUAGAUGCCGUGGUCGUUGGGGAUUUCACUUAUUGGCAGGCUCGUAAGUUUUUUUCUAUGACACAAUAUGAGGAGUGACCAUGGCCUUGUCUGUAAGGAUACAGUGGUCGUAUCCCACUCG